AUGGCUAGCAAUUUUCCGUCGCGAACAGUUGUUCCACGAAGUUUUAAACUAUUGGAAGAACUUGAGGCGGCUCAAAAAGGCCAUCACGAAGGAUCGGUAUCAUGGGGUCUCGAAGCUAAUGACGAUAUGUCACUAUCCCGGUGGGUUUGUAUGAUAAUAGGACCAUCACGGACGCCUUAUGAAGGUCGCAUUUAUACAUUGAAAGUUCAUUGUGGUGAUCGUUAUCCAGAAGAAUCACCGACUGUUCGUUUUCAGACACGUAUCAAUCUAACUGGUGUUUCAGCUAAUGGUUCUGUUGAUCCAAAAUAUGUUUCAUCUCUUCGUAAUUGGAAUCGAGAUAUGACUAUUCAUCAAGUGUUGAACGAUAUUCGAACGAGCAUGUCAGCAAAAGAGAAUGCAAAAUUGUCUCAACCAUCUGAAGGAGCACUUUAUCCAUCUCAGUGA